AUGAAGCCGCCAACAUUUAAAGAGGGAAUUGAUCCGAUGAAAGCUGAGGCGUGGGUAUUGGGUGUAGAGAAGCUAUUUAAGACUCGAUUUCUGGAACGCUUCUACGACAAGUAUUUCCCGCAUUGUAUGGGAGAUAAAAAGGUGACUGAGUUUGAAACUCUCAAACAAGGGAACAAGACUGCUGCGGAGUAUGAAGCCCAAUUUGCAGAAUUAGCCCGGUUUGCACCUCACAUGGUAGACACAGAUUACACGAAUGCGAGAAAGUUCGAAGGGGGAUUACGGAAUGCCAUUCUUGAUCGAAUUAAUGUGUCGAAGCUACCCACAUAUGUUGAUGUGUUAGAGAGAGUUGUCAUGGUGGAGGGAAAUAUUGCUGCUCAAAGUCGAAUUUUCGAGUGGAAGGGAAAUAGGCAGAAUACUCAAAUAUAA